AUGUUCACCCUGGUCACCCUGGCAGACGUCGUGCAAAUUGCGCCCAAAGACUUUGCAAAACCCAGUAUUCGAGCCAUUGAGGACUUCAUCAACAGCAAAUAUGCCGACAAAGUGAUCCAUAAGGUGGGUCUCUGCWUCGGCUUCCACUCCCUCAUCUCCUCCUCGGAAGGUCUCAUAGGUCACGGAACCGGAAUUGUAAAUGUCAACGUGGACUUCAAACUCAUCGUCUUCCGGCCCUUCAAAGGGGAGAUUAUUCGCGCAACCAUCACGCAAUCCUCACCAGCCGGAAUUUACCUCUCCGUGGAUUUCUACGAAGAUCUAGUGGUACCACCGGAGACACUGUUCGAGAACACCACCUGGGAGAAGGACGAGAGCGAUACUUGGGCUUUUGUGUGGAAGUCUGAUGAUGGGAAUGGAGGGGAGAAUGCAUUUUACUUUGAUAAUGCCGAGAGCUGCAUGAUGCGGAUCGAAGACGAGCAGUGGAAUGACGUCUCGCCCGAUGCGUUGAGAUCGCAAAACUAUGAGACGCAGGAGGAAGAGGACCAGGCGAGACGAGCCCCGCCGUAUCUUAUUCGGGGGAGUAUGGCGCUUGCUGGACUGGGACCUACGCUUUGGUGGACGGGUGAGGGCGCAGAGCCCGCUGUGGAUGGUGGCGAGGAUGAGGUUAUGAAUGGGACUUGA